UUUCACACCCCAGAGGAGGUAAACAUGGCUGAGGAUAAAAAAGCCUUUGCUGAAGAGAGCGAUAAAGCGUUGGCAAAGUCUGAAGGGCUCACUUUGAAGGAUGUGCUGUUCUCCUACUGGGGGACCCCGUAUCCUGUCACAGUGUGCAGUGUGGAAACGUUUCAAGCCCUGGAGAACCUGGAAGCCAGAAGAGAUGAUACGGUGCUGGUGUCCUACCCCAAAUGCGGUGUGAACUGGCUUAUCCAGAUUUUAUGUGAUUUGAUAUUUACAGCUAUUCAGAGUAAACCUGUAAGCACAGAACUACCUUUUAUUGAAUGUGGAGAUCCAGAUAAAUAUCAGAGGAGGAAGCAGAUUCCAUCUCCAAGGAUUUUGGCAACGCAUCUGAAUUAUGAUUGCCUUCCCAAGUCUAUUUUCAAGAACAAAGCCAAGAUACUAGUACUGUUUCGAAACCCUAAAGAUACAGCUGUUUCAUUUUUCCAUUUCCACAACAAUGUGCCAAGUGUCCCCAGUUACAGCUCCUGGGAUGAGUUCUUCUCAGAGUUCUUGAAUGGGAAAGUCAGCUGGGGAUCCUAUUUUGAUCAUGCAGUCACCUGGAACAAACACAUUGAGGAUGACAAUACUAUGAUCAUAAUAUGUGAAGACCUGAAAGAGAACCUGACUGCUAGUAUAAAGCAGAUAGCUGAAUUCUUUGGAUUCUCCCCAACGGCAGAGCAGAUCCAGUCCAUUGCAGACAGGGCCACUUUCCAGGCAGUGAAGGAUAAGGCACAGGAGACUCAUGGUGCUGUUGGCUCAAUUCUUUUCUGCAAAGGUGUUGUUGGAGACUGGAAAAAUCUUUUCACUGAGGCUCAGAACCAGGAAAUGGAUGAAUUCAAAGUGUGCUUAGAAGGAACUAAGCUGGGAGUGAAGUUAAAAUAUGAUGUGUACUGCAAGGCCUGA